AUGAAGACAAUUUCUGGGCAAUGUGUCUCCGUGAAAGAUGUAUCACUUUCAAAAGCUGCAAAAAUUCUCUCAAAGUUUGUCUCUGCUGAUAACGAGCACAAAAGGCACAGAAGAGAGACUGGUACUGACAGUGGGAUGGUAGUGGAAAAUUCUAUUGAUAUUAACAAGGAGCUCAGCCUUGGAUUUGUGAAAUCUAUUGAGUUGACAAGGCGGCAGAUUCACAAUGGAAAUGCUGGUCUGGACGAUGAAAAAUCAACUCAGACAAUCACAAAAUGUAGUCAAGAACUUAAUAGUUCAAUUGGGUAUCAGAUAGAACAUGCGGGUGAGAGUGAGAUGUAUAAGAAGAAAAAGGAGAAGCGGGAAGUUGGAUACCUGCAAAACGGAGACAGCGUUGUUAAAUUUGGAGAUAGAAAAGAUGAUAGCAAGAGCUACCUAAUGGGGCACAAAAUGAAAUUGGGUCAGGCAAAGCAUGGGGUAAUGAAGGCGAUUUCAACCCCGGGAUGGAAGAGGGAAGGAAACAGAAAAGUGCAAAGAGGCACCAGGCAAGUUAUAAGGAUGGGGUUGAGAAUGGAAAUGGAACAGAACAACAGAAAGAGAUAG